AUGGAGAUGGAGAUGGAAGCCAAACAAGAACAAGAACAGCCACAAACACAACCACAACCGCAGCCACCGCUACCACAGCUCUCGGCCAGCGACCCUGCCGUCGAGGCUGCCUCGCAGAUGGACAAUGACCAUCCAUCCGUGUCUCUUUCGCGCGAAAAGACCGACGAUGCCACCCAGAACCGGAAAUUUACCUGGAAAUCGUGGUUGCUGUUCGCAGCAGUCGCCCUAUCUCUUUUCCUCACGGCCCUGACCGGCUCAAUCAUUGCAACGGCCAUACCUGUAAUCACCACUGAUUUCAACUCGCUCGACGACAUUGGCUGGUACGGGUCUGCUUCUUUGGUCGCAUCGUACUUUAUAUGCAUAGUCUUCAUGGCCAUCUUCACUCUGGGAUCCCUGGUCUGUGGCCUCGCUUCGUCUUCGGCCAUGCUCAUAGGUGGGAGAGCGGUGCAGGGCGCGGGGAGCGCUGGCUUACUCAAUGGCGCCUUUGCCAUCAUCGCUGCGGCGGUCCCCGAGGAUAUGAAACCAAUCUUCACUGGAGUGGGCAUGGCCCUGUCCACCGCCGGUCAGAUCGUCGGGCCGACGAUAGGGGGUGCUCUGACAGAAAAGGUUUCGUGGCGUUGGUGUUUCUACAUCAACCUGCCCUUUUUUGGCGUCAUCCUCCUGGUUCUAUCGCUUCUCCCCAUCCCGGAGCAGACGGAAAAAAAGCCCUUCCGGUCGACUUGGCGGACCACGGUUAAAGAAGAACUCGACCUGGCCGGGUUUGCGCUCUUUGCUGCGGCCUGUGUCAUGUUUCUAUUGGCUAUCAUCUGGGGCGGCAACAUAUUUGCAUGGAAGUCGUCGACCAUCAUCGGCCUGUUCUGUGGCGGUGGCGCCACAGCCAUCAUCUUUGCAUUCUGGGAGAGCCACAAGGGUGAAAAGGCAAUGAUUCCCCCCAGGAUCAUUCGCACGCAGCUCGUAAUCUCCGGUUGUGUGGUCAAUUUCCUGGUCAUGGCUUCGAACUUGACCCUGUCCUAUUACCUCCCCCUUUGGUUUCAGGUCGUCAAGGGGGAUACGCCGUUAAUGAGCGGCGUGAGCAUCUUGCCCACUGCCAUAGCUCAAAGCUGCGGUGCGGUGGCGGCCGGCAAGUUCGUCCAGGUCAUGAGAUAUUGUGCGCCUUGGGCCAUGUUUGGGUCCCUGAUCUCGUCCGUCGGCUCAGGUUUGAUGACGACGUUUACUCCUUCGACCGGGACAGGAGCGUGGAUCGGGUACCAGAUCCUCGUUGGCGUGGGCCGGGCCUCGGUCUUCCAGAUGCCGCUCACAGCAAUCAUGGGGUUCCUGCCCCCCAAAGAACAAUCCAUGGCUAUUUCCCAAGUCUUCUUCUUCCAGUACCUUGGAGGCACAAUCUUCCUCGCUGUCGCAGAGACCGUGUUAACAAGCAGUCUGCGCUCGUCACUGCCUCGAGAUGCCCCGGGCGUCAGUGCCGACGCCAUCAUCCAUGCAGGUGCCUCGGCCGUGAGGUCCGUGGUAUCCAAGGCUGAGCUGGCCGGCGUGCUGAAGGCUUACAACCACGCGAUAAUCUGCACUUUUGUGGGUCCAUUUAUUUUCAUUCUCGUUCCUUCGAUUCAUGAUCCACGAUUCCACCACCCCACCAUCCCACCGUAA